ACUUAAUGUAAGAAAGGGGAAAGAACCAGCAUGGAGAAAGAAAAGAGGGAGUAAAGACGAAGAGAUCUAGCAAAGAGAGUGAGAGGAAGGAGGUUCAUGGAGGGAAAGAAGGGAUUAAACUGAAGAAGGAUGGAUCGGACAAAAAGGAGGAUCAGGAGGGAAGGGGGAGUUGAAAGAAGAGAUACAGAUAAGAAAAUAGAAAAUGACAUGAGCUGAAAGAGGAAGAGGCAGAACGUGAGAAAAGGAAGGUGAAGGGAAAGUCUCAUUUAAUCAUUUAGACCCUAAAGUCAGCAUUAACAUCCAUUUUAAGCAUUCGGAUACCAAGAAUGUUCUAACAACAGCCCAUACAUCAUCUCUGUGGCUCUCUGACCAUGACUUAAUAUCCCUACAUGCUGAUAAGAAGGAAUGGGGGUCAUUUAGCCACAAGCUGUGAGGCUCAGACUGCCUCUUUAACAGUUUUUCUCCCUCGUCUUUUCAGAAACAUUAUUUCAAAGGACACAGUGAUUUUACCGUUUAGUAAAUAAAUAUAUCAAUGAUGACAUCAUCAAAGGUAGAGGAUGGAAUGCUGGUGAAGCUGGGGAUGUUGGGACCAGUUUCCUCAAUUUUUGUGAAACAGUAGGCCAGAGUUGGCUACUUUUGAUAAGUGGGUGGAACCCUCGCUCCUCACCAGUUCCACUUUGUCAAAUGCUGCCAACGGAUGACAGUCAACAUGGGAGAAAGAUUGUUGGUAUAUCUGUGUUCUAAUCAUGAAAGAAAGAAGAAUUAUACUAAUUUUUUAUUUUUUUGUAACUUGUUACCCACGAGCUAGGAGGCUAGGUGCACCUUUUUAACAGCUUUUCUCCCUCAUUUUGUCAUAAACGUGCUUUUCCAGGAAUACAGUGACAUAUUAAAGGCUUUAAAGGAUGACAGCAUCAAAGGCAGAGAAUGAAAUGUUUUAUCACCUUUAAAGGAUGACAGCAUCAAAGGCAGAGGAUGAAAUGUUUAAUAGACCUUAAAGGAAGACAACAUCAAAGGCAGAGAAUGAAAUGUUUUAUCACCUUUAAAGGAUGACAGCAUCAAAGGCAGAGGAUGGAAUGUUUUAUAGGCUUUAAAGGAUGACAACAUCAAAGGCAGAGGAUGGCAUGUUUAAUAGGCUUUAAAGGUUGACAACAUCAAUGGCAGAGGAUGGAAUGUUUUAUAGGCUUUAAAGGAUGACAAUAUAAAAGGCAGAGGAUGGAAUGUUUUAUAGGCUUUAAAGGAUGACAGCAUCAAAGGCAGAGGAUGGAAUGUUUAAUAGGCUUUAAAGGAUGACAAUAUCAAAGGCAGUGGAUGGAAUGUUUUAUAGGCUUUAAAGGAUUACAUCAUUGUUCUAAACUCUAUCAAAGGCGAUAAAGGCUGAAACCAUUUUAAGCAGAGAAUUGAAUCUUGGGAUAUUUGGACUUCUUCCCUACAUUUUUGUCAAAUAGUAGGUCAAAAGUUGUCAACAAAGGACAUGUGGGAUAAUUUGGUAUUCAUGUCCUAACAAUGUCUUUAAUGAUGACAUCAUUGUGCGAAAGCAUUUAAACUCAAUAAAGUUAGAUAUCAUAAAAGGUAGAGAACAGAAUGUUGGUGGAGCUGGGGAUGUUUGGGCCUUUUUCCUUCUAUUUCUGCAAAUAGUAAGCCAAAGUUGGACUACAAUUUGGUGGAACUGGUGAGGAAAGAAUGUUGGAAUGUCUGUGAAGCUGGGGAUGUUGGGGGCUUUUCCCCUCGCACUCCGCCAGUUCCACCCACUUGACAAAAGUUGCCAACAAAGAACAGUCAACAUGAGGAAAGAUUGUUGGUAUGUUUGUGAAGCUAGGAAUGUUGGGGGAUUUUUACUUCACUCUUUGCAAUUUUCACCCACUUUUCAAAAGUUGCCAACAAAGAAUAUUUAAUGUCAAGAGAGAAUUAUUGGAAUGUUUGUGAAGGUGAAGAUGUUGGGGGCUUUUCACUCACUACUUGCCAGUCCCAUACACUUUUCAAAAGUUGCCAAAAAAGAACAGUCAAUAUGAGGAAAGAUUGUUGGAAUGUUCGUGAAGCUAAGUUUUUUGUGGGCUUUUCCCCUCCAUUUUUGCUAAACAGUAGGACAUACUUAGUGCUUCCUUUGCACCUCUAAAGUUCUGUUAAAGUCUCUGAUUGGUGCUCCAGUCAGAGAGCCAACAAAGGGUUAAUCAACAAAAGGAAAAGAGCAGAUUUCCAGAGAGGGAAAUUCUGAAAGAGGAGGAGAAGAGGGAGUGGAGAACGGAGGAGAAGAGGAGGAGAAUCAGAGCCAAACAAAGUGAGAGACUCUGAGAGCAGAUCUGAAGUUUGACAGAGUCUCUGGAGCGUCAGACUGGAUGAUAUCAGGAGGGAACAGGCAGCUGCCAAACCCAGCGACAUGAACGUAAACCUCACAGACUGAUAUAGAGAGAGUGGAGAAGGCAGAGGUGGAUAUGACGUGCCUGCUGAGGCCAUUUGGCGUGUUGGACGCUCACUGACAGUUGGGAUUAAACCGGUUUAACUCCAGUUAGUGGUUUUAUGAGGAUGAAGUGACCACCAGAGUCGGAUGUGUCCAUCGGACAGAAAGAAACACCAAAGAUGUCGGUGAAGCUGCGAUUCGACUCGCCGGCAGACGGAGGUUUCAUCCAUCGGAGUCGCUCCUUCACCGGGUUCAGCUCUCUGACUGGACGACGGCGGUCGUCGUCUGUCCGUAGCUCGGUCCGCUCCAAAUCUAUCACAGGAACUAAAACUCCCAGAAUGCACCUGUCCCCCAGCAGAGGAGGAGGAGCUAUCUGGUCUCUGCAGCCUGACCAGGUGGAUCAGGUGUUCCAGGCGCUACGGAAGGGGCUCAAGGAGUUUCUGGAGGGUCACCAGGCAGAGAUGGACUUCCUGUCGUCACAGCAAAGAGAGACAAAGCGGAACUCCAGACUGGCUUUUCUCUACGAUCUGGAGAAGGAGAUCAGAGCGCUGGAGAGAUACAUCCGAAGAUUAGAGUUUCAAAUCAGCAAGGUGGAGGAGCUGUACGAGACGUACUGCAUCCAGUGGCGUUUGUGUCAGGGAGCGGUGAACAUGAAGAGAGCCUUCUCUCUCUCUCCGUCCACUCGAGCGUCCAGAGACAGCCUGCUGGAGCUCAACCGCAACCACAGACUCAGCCUGCAGGACAUGUCAGCCAUGGAGGGAGAGUUGGAGAUCCUCCUGGGAGAGCUGCACAUCAGGAUGAAGGGUCUGAUCGGCUUCGCUAGGCUCUGUCCUGGAGAUCAAUACGAGGUGGUGGUGAGGUUGGGCCGUCAGCGAUGGAGGAUCAGAGGGAAAAUCGAAUCAGACGACACGCAGUCCUGGGACGAAGAAGAGAUGGUCUUCCUCCCUCACAUUCACCAAAACUUUGAGAUCAAGGUGUCCGAGGCGAAGGGUCUGGGUUGGCUGCUGGUCGGCUUGGUGACAUGCGCGAGCGCUGACUUCUUCGUGGCGAGGCCUCAGCUGAUGUUGGUGGACAUCACAGAACUGGGAACCAUCAAACUGCAGCUGGAAGUCACCUGGAAUCCGUUCGACAGCUCAGAGAAGAUGAGGCCGCUCUCUGUCAGCAGACCGUCUGUGUCCAGCAGGAAAAGUUCCGUUAACAGCUGGACUGCUCCGAACACGCCGUCCUUCUCCGAGAAAUACUUCAUAUCGAUGGUUCGUGAGCUGAAGGAUCGAGAUGGCUCGCUACCAUCUCUGCUGCCAAGCAGUCGCCACAGUCGAGGGGGCGUGUCUCUGAUCAGCUACCUGUCCAACGCUUCACAUACCUCCAUCACUCCCAACCACGGCCGGCAGAGCCCGUACCCAACCAGUCUCCCUCGGGCUCAAAGCUUCCCGUCCAGCCGCAGUCAGAGCGGCAUCCUUGGGGGGAGUCAGACCCGGCUGUCCCUGGGGGAGGAGGAGGAGGAAGAGAGGGGGAAGGACAGAGGAGAGGAGUGGAGUGUGUUAGAGACUCUGUCUUCACCUGCAGAGAGUAAAACUGGAUCUCUGUUGGCUCUGCACAUGUCGAGCACUCCUGAUAUCCUCAGAAAAAACACGACAGAACCAGAACCAGAACCUCAUAGUACGGCACUGAGACCGGACUCUACCUGCGUUCAGGACUCCUCAGAUGGUCAGUCUUACUCUGCCUCACCUUCACCUCCACCUGUGACCCCUCCCUCAUCCAUGACCAACGCCCCGCCCACUGGGAGAUCAGGGCCCAGCGGGGCCCAGCGCAGAACCCAGGCCCUCAGACUGGGGGCCCUGGUCUCAGAGCUGGAGAAGACGUUACAGAAAGAGAAGAACAUGGAGAAAGAGCUGAGGGUGCUGGACCACCAGAUACUACACCUGGCUACCAUUCUGAAGAACGACCUGUCCCUGCUGAAGAGCUCGUCCUCAGAGGAGACACUAGCAGUGGAGGAAGUCCUGGGCAGCUUUGACUUCCUGUCACAUGACUUUAAUGCUGAUGAUGACACUUCCUGUCUGGGCAGCCUGAGGUUGAAGGACAGUGGCAUCAGCUCCUUCCAGCAGAGCACACUGAGGAGUCUGGGCCUCCUCUCCAACACCAGCCAAUCAGCUUCUCAGGACGAGCUGGUCGUCGCCCCGCUGACUUCUGGGAACUGGGGUCUGGACCAGGCACUGGAGACUCACCUGGAUAUCUGCUGCAUCCUGCUACAGAUGUUAAAGACGACAGACUUCACUCCGGCCAGGGAAGAGCUCCUGAAAGAGACAAGUCUUCAGGCUGAAGUUGUGGACCGAGUGAGCGGUCUGCUGCUGGAGAGGAAUGAAAACAUCUCCGCUAAAGACAUCCUGCCCAAGCCUCAGAGAACGAAGGACGUGUUGAUGUUCUGGGACGAGUGCAUGAACGACAGCGGCUCCCCGUUCUGCUGCAGCUCAGACACUUUCUGCAGGACGCUAAGGAAACGCUACACGCACAAGGUGAAGGCCAAGCAGCCCGGCCAAUCAGAGAAAGUGUUCCUUCAGCUCCUGCAGCAGGUUCAGACUGUGAGUCGGACGGUUCCUCGUCCUCGUCCUCUCUGCAGCACAGACCGAGUCUCUCUAUUCCAGCUCUCCGUUUAUCUCAAACGCUGGAACAUCACUGAGCUCGGAGAGCACAUCUCACGUCUCUCCAAAGAAGAGUACUUCCUAUCGGCCCUCGGGAGCCCCAAACGGAGGCAGGCUCUGAAUAAAAUGAAGGGACGGGGCAUCGCAGAGCUCCUUCCUCUUGGAUGCACGUUGCAGACUCUGGCUGCUCUACAGAUCGACUCCAACCACAAAGUGUGUAAAGCUGCUGCUGCGUGUCUUAGCCGAGCCGCAGGCUGCAAAAGCUUCAGGAGCAAGGCUGUUGUUUUUUACACCCAGAGUCUGAAAAGUUCCGACGUUCAGAUCCAGCAUGGCUCCUGUCUCGCUUUGAAAAGCCUCCGGGCCUCAGAGAGCGUGGACCACAUUGCAGAUUUAUGGAGAUCUCUGGAUGAAGAUCUUCGCUGUGCUGCCAAAGAAGCCAUCCUCUCCUUCGGUAAAAAGGGUUACCUGGCCUUCCAGAGGAUGGAUCAGCUGUUCGAUGAGAUGGAGGAGGAAGCGUAUCAGAACCAGGAGACAGAGAUCACCUUUCUAUAGGGGACAAAGAGCGGACCUUGAACGGGCAGUAAAAGGCCGAUAAGAUCCUCAGAGUCAGGAGAGACUGUUUACAGCGUCUGAGAGAGACUCGACCAGAACAGAAAAGAUGGCAAAGAGACGAGUGAGAGCUAAAGAAGACUCUACACCUCAGGAACUCCUUUCUUAUGGGGUUUUUGUCACAUUUCUCGUCAAAAAUAUCUUUUUAAAAGAGACACAUUCAGCUGACUAGUCCAGAUAAACAUCUGGUUUUAAGGAAUAGAAGCAAACUAAAGCUGGGAUUGUUGACGUGCUGCAGUUGUCACGCAGCAAACACACACCCAGUCUGAAAGGAAGGAGCGGGACAAUCAACAAAAAAAACAAAACAUGCAUUUUAAAAGUCAAACUAAAUGAGAUAUAAAACAUGGGAAUGAGGUCAUAAAGAAGUAAGAAAAUGCUUUUUAAAAUGUUCUACAAAUCCUUCUAAUUUUCUGAUUUAUCACCUCAAAAUUAUGUGAUACAAAAAAAUAUAAUUCCAACUUUUCCGUGUCAAGAAUCGGACAUUUUUGGGAAUCAUUUCUUGCAAUAACAGAGGUACAAUUUUUAAAAAUUUAGUGUUUUGUCGGGAUUUACAGCUUUUUUAAUAUAGAUUUUUUUUUUCUUUGAAAUGUCAUUAAUGCAGAACCAUAUUUUCCUUUUAAAUAUCCUGAAUUAAGAUACUAAUCAGGAUUUAUCUGCUGAAUUUGGCUCAGAAUAAACAUUUGGACUCUUUAAACAAGAAUCUGAACAAAUGGACUCAGUAAGAUUUGACUUUUUGCUGUCUGGUUUCCUCCGUAUCACUUGUUUUCUGCAGGAUUUACCCUGAAGAGUUUAUUUCAUUAUCAUGUGACCAAAAAACAACUUUACGAGGAAUUUAUUUUUCUACUUUUUAAGGAACCAGAUAAUCUUAAACUGUUUUUAUAGCACAUCUAUUGAAGAAAGGCAGCAAAACAUGAACCCCAUAAGAGAAACUGUUGUCAGGAUUUACAUUAAAAAUCAAAUAAAGUGCUUUAAUCAAAACACAGAAAUAAAAAGCUCUUAUAGAAAACAUUUUCUGCGAUAAAGGGGAAGUUAUUUUUUUUGUUAUUUUUACCCUUAAAAACCUUGUAAAAAGCAUUAAAUCUUCCCAUUAAACUCCAACAUGAUUUUCCAUUUGAGCCUCAUGCAGCUGCUGCCCCCUGCUGGUCAUCUGAGGACACUUUCACUCAGACUGCUGUGGUUAGGUGAACUUUGACCCUUCAGGCCGAGCAUUUUAGGAAUGUUUGGAGGUUCUAAAGAUGGCGUGGGAAAAGGAAGUUGUUUGAUUAUUUCUAAUGAGCAGAGGAAGUGAAAUCUGAGAGAGCACAAGAUGGAUCGGCGUAGGAGAGAAGAACGGAAAUGUUCACCUUCUGUUGUUUUAUGUUUUACUACGUACACCAACAUCGGAGAUCAAACUCAUCCUGAGAAAAAAAAAAGCCUCAAUCCAAACGUUUUCUCCAUAAAAUCACACCUAGUCAAAUUUUCUUUAUGAUUUGCUCUAAAAUGAAACCUUGAAGGAUGAAUGCAAAAAACAAAUAAAAAUAUUUGCAUUAAAUACACAGACGUAAAAUAUUAGGUCAUUUAUUGGUUUAUAUCAGCAACACUGCAGGAGUUUGCCACCAAUAUCUGAUGGAUUUAUUCUUCCCAAAACUAAAAUAAAAGACUGCAUCAUUUUAAAACACAAUAAUGAAAGUCUUGAAGUCCUGAAUAAUUUGACAGCCUUAUUUGCACCUUUCUAAAACUCCCAGGUGAGACGAUGAAGAGGAAGGAUUUCCACUGUGUUUGUGCAUGUGAUAGGAAAACACAGGAUGAGUCUACAGCGUGGUUAGGAAGAUUCUGGAUUAAGAAAUGAGCUCAGAUUAUGGAUUUUUCCCUCAGUGGAGAUCUAAAUGAGUGGUCAGAAUCCUCAGCACACUAAAGCUUUUGGUGUCAGUUUAUUUCUAAAUUCAGCCUGCACUUUUAUUUUAUUCAGUGUGUAUUUAAUCAAAUUUACAUCCUGAUUAACUCGUAAUGUAUGUAAAGACAAAUAUUUGAAAAAGAAAAUUGCAAGUCAUUUGAAUUUAGGGCUGUCCCAAAACCAGAAACUCAGACUUUGAUAUGAUUCUAAUCAAAAACAGGUAUUAUUGAUCCCUGUUUCAUACCAAGUUAUUAAAAACAGACUUCCUAGACACCUGAUACUGGGCACUUUAUUGUUUUUUUAAUACACCUUCAUUUUAAGAGACAGGACAGAAGACAGUGUCAGAAAACUAAGAGAGAGACGGUGGGGGGUGACAUGCAGGAGAGGAGCCACAGGUGAGGAUUUGAGCCCAGACCACCUUCUCAAGGACGAGCGGCCUCUGGGCUAACGCUGCCUAGAGUCUUUGAUGAUUUUCUGUAUUUUCUAUAUAUGAUGUACCUGGAUGUAUAUGACUUAUAAAAAUGUAUUAUUGAGACUUUUUUAUUCAUUUUUAGAUUGUAAAGUGUUUCACUUCUUUGAGAAUUAAAGAUGUUUUGUCCAGAAA